AUGGGCAAACCCAAGGCUCUUCUGCUGGGCGACAUUGACCACGCCAAGGCCACCUGGGAAGGUCUCUCAGAUAUCGCCGAGCUAGUGCGGCCAACUUCCAAGGACCGCGCCGAGUUCAUUGAGGACUGCAAGGCCGGCAAGUACGAUGGCGUAGUUGCCGCCUAUAGGACCUUUGGCAGUGUUGCUGUUACCGGCCUGGUUGACGAGGAGCUGGUGAAAGCUCUGCCCGAGAGCUUGAAGUUCAUUGCCCACAAUGGUGCCGGAUACGAUCAGGUCGAUGUUCACGCAUGCAAGGCUCGCGGUAUCCAGGUCUCCAACGUGCCGUCGAUCCCUGACGAUGCAACUGCCGACGUGAACAUGUUUCUGAUCCUGGGUGCCCUGCGAGGCUUCAACACGUCGAUGCUGGCGCUGCGCGAUGGUAAGUGGCGUGGCAACCCCCUGCCACCGCUCGGCCACGACCCUGAGGGCAAGGUCCUGGGCAUCCUGGGAAUGGGUGGCAUCGGCCGCAACCUCAAGAAGAAGGCCGAGGUGUUUGGCAUGUCCGUCAUCUACCACAACCGCCGUAAGCUCAGCGAUGAGCAGUCUGGCGGCGCCGAGUACGUGAGCUUCGACGACCUGCUCGCAAGAAGCGACGUCCUCAGCUUGAACCUGCCUCUCAACAAAAACACACGCCACAUCAUCUCGGGGCCGCAAUUCGCCAAGAUGAAGAAGGGCGUCAUCGUCGUCAACACGGCACGCGGCGCCGUCAUGGACGAGGACGCGCUGGUGAAGGCCCUCGAGAGCGGACAGGUCGCGUCGGCCGGCUUGGACGUCUACGAGGAGGAGCCCAAAGUGCACCCGGGCCUCGUCGCGAACCCGCACGUCAUGCUCGUGCCGCACAUGGGCACGUGGACCGUCGAGACCCAAACGAAGAUGGAAGAAUGGACGAUCGGGAACGUGCGCGCCGCGAUCGAGAAAGGCAGGGUGAACAGCAUCGUUCCGGAGCAGCAAGACAUGGCAUAG